CCGCCCCCGGCACAUCCAUCCAUUCAUCCAGCCGGAUAAACACUCCAUCUCUCCUGCAGACAUCCUUACAACAUGUGAAAGACAAUCCGAGGAGGUUUCUUCGAGCUGUUCUCUGGGGAAUAUAGCGGAAUACUUUGGAGAAACUACAGAGGGAGCUCCCGAACUCGCAGCACCGCGGAUAAGAUGAGCAGCGUCCGCCUCUCUCUCCACGUGCUGCUUCUGUGCGGGUUCCUCCGGGCUCAGCAGCUGCUGCUGCCCGGCUCCUGCAACUUUGAGCUGGGCACCUGUGGAUACAUAUCAGACCCAGAGUACGGCAGCUGGAGCAUGAAUGAAGAAGGGCAUUUGAUAACAGUGGACUCAGCCUUCCUACAGGACCAGGAGCAGGCGGUUCUCAUCAGUCCAGUUCUGGACCAGCAGGAGUGGAGCUGUGUGAGGCUGGUGUACCAGAUCAGUGAACGGGGGUCCCUGCAGCUCCACCUCAGACCCAGUGGUGAUAACUUUGACUACCGGAUCUGGACUGCCAACCAAGCCUCUGACAGCUGGCUCAUUGCGAGCGUGGACCUCCCCAACACCACCAUCCCCUACCAGCUGUUGCUGGAAGGUCGACCUGAACGUGGUUUAGGGAACAGCGUGGCCAUCUUUGAGAUCCACAUUGUUCCUGGUUUCUGUAUAGAAUGUAACUUUGAGGAGCAUCACCUGUGUGGCUACAGCAACAGCUGGAACCCCAAUGUUAACUGGUACGUUGGGGGGAGCGUGGCAAGAGAGCCUGAGUCCAACCACACCAACAGUAACCAGAGAGGCUACUACAUGUAUGUGGACUCGGUGUAUGCCAAGCACUUCCAGGAAGUAGCCAAGCUGACCUCUCCCAUGACCACAGUGCCCAUUGCCGGCUGCCUGUCCUUCUACUACCACAGAGACCAGGAGAGGGGGAACAUCUUCUCAGUUUUCACCAAAGACCAGCUGGGACACUUUGAGGAGAUCUGGAGACCGGAUGUGUAUGCCACUGCUGGCUGGACUGCAGUCAGUGUGGACAUCAAGGCCCCACAUCCCUUGGAGGUGGUGUUUGAAGUGGCUUUUAACAGUGCCAGAGGUGGAUAUGUGGCCAUAGAUGACAUCUCCUUCUCUCCUGAGUUCUGCCACACUGACACAGAGCCAACUGUUGACCCCUCUAUAGCCAACUGUGACUUUGAGAACGGGCUGUGUUUGUACUAUCAGGAGAGAACAGAGAGUAAGGUGUGGAGCAGAGUUUCAGUCAAGCCUAAUGCCUACAGGAUAGGAGACCAUACCACAGGAGCAGGCUGUUUCCUCCUGGCAGACACUCGGGUCACUUCGAGACCUGGCUACGUGGGUCGGCUUCAUGGUCCCUUUUUGCCGGGGAACCACAAGUACUGUCUGAGGUUCUACUACCUGCUUCAUGGCUUUAGGAAAGUGGACAAUGCCCUGGUUCUGUACAUUUAUGAUGAGAACAAUGUGGCCCAGGAGAAGGUGUGGAGCCUGACUGACACUUCUAAGGCUGUAUGGACUGAGGUGGAGAUCACUUACAUGAAGCCCAUGCUGUCCAAGGUAGUAUUUGUCAGCAUUUGUAAGAACUUCUGGGAAUGUGGCCUGGCAGCCAUCGAUGACAUCACUGUGAGUCUGGGGGACUGUCAAAUGACAGCAGGCUCCCUCCCAGGCCAGUGUAACUUUGAGAGCGGAGUGUGCGGCUACAUCCAGGAUAAGAGGGGAGACAAAGCUGACUGGCUGCGAAUGCGAGGACGCACCCCCACCUCCUAUACAGGACCCAGAGGAGACCACACUACUGGGGUGGGUUAUUUCAUGUACAUAGAGGCGUCACUCAUGCGUCCAGGUCACAAAGCUCGACUGCUGACCUCUGACCUGCGGGGCUCCUCGUCCCCUCAGUGUCUGAUCUUCUACUUCCACAUGUACGGAUCCGGCACUGGCAUACUGAGCGUGCUCCUGCGCCACAGCAGCAGAGAGCGGGACACGCUGCUGUGGAGACGCCGCGGCGAGCAGAGCGUCAGCUGGAUGAGGGCCAUGGUAGACUACCACUGUGAUGUCCGACAUCAGAUUAUAUUUGAAGCCAUCCGAGGCCCGACACUACGAAGUGAUAUUGCAAUUGAUGACAUUCAUUUUAAAAGGGGACCAUGUGAAGAUCCUGGUGACAUCACUCCAUACUCAGGCUUCUCAGAGUAUUUCAAUGAGAUUGAGAACUGAGACAGGUGGACAGUCUGUCUGUGUAAAUAUUUGGUAGUAUUUUUAGAGUUGGUCUGGCUGGCAUUCAGAAAUGUGCAUGUGAAUGAUGCACCAAGACAAUCUACAGAGUUGUAGAGUAAAGCUUACAUGGCAGCCAGGACCUUGAACACACGUACUGCUGUCUGUCUUCACGUCCUGGUCCAGUCGUUUUUAAUGUUUGUGCUUCUUUUCAAUGUGUCUCUGACCACAGUCCAACAUCAAUUAGAGUAUGCAACGCUCAACCCCCACAAUUGCAGUUCCUCUAAUAUCAACUAAAGGCUGGCUCCAAAUCAGAGUCAAUCCCCAUAGACCUCCAUGUUAAAAUGCUCAACUUUACAGCAGAGAUAAACAUGUUUACAGCCUGGUA